AUGCCAAGACCUUCUCUUCUCACCUUAAUAUUGGCCAGUGCUCUGACUUCUGUAACUGGACAAUACAGUAUCAGACUGGUGAAUGGUAAUAAUGACUGCUCUGGAAGAGUUGAGAUCCUUUAUAAUGGCACAUGGGGGACAGUGUGUGAUGACGACUGGGACAUAAAUGAUGCUGCUGUGGUGUGCAGACAGUUGGGAUGUGGAAGAGCUGUGAGUGCAAAUGGCAGUGCUCAUUUUGGUCAGGGAAGUGGUCAGAUCUGGUUGGAUGAUGUGGGAUGUUCAGGAAGUGAAUCAUCACUCACACAGUGCUCACAUCCUUCAUUUGGAACACAUAACUGUGGUCAUCAUGAAGAUGCAGGUGUCGUCUGCUUAGGCAAACUACAAGACAUAAGGUUGGUCAAUGGUUCUGACUCAUGCUGUGGAAGAGUGGAGGUCCGUUAUAAUGGCCAGUGGGGAACCGUGUGUGAUGAUAACUGGGACAUGAAUGAUGCUGCUGUGGUGUGCAGACAGUUACAGUGUGGAUCAGCCAUCAGUGCACCUCAUAGUGCCGCCUUUGGUCAAGGCAGUGGAUCGAUCUGGCUGGAUGACGUUGAAUGCUCAGGAAGUGAAGGAACCCUCACACAAUGUUCACACCAUGGAUUAGGAAAACAUUACUGUAAUCAUGGUAAAGAUGCUGGUGUUGUUUGUUCAGGGAAGCUACAGCUGUCAAUACUCCUAUCAAAACAACACUAUCAAGUCACCCUUGAGUAACACUGUUAUCAUCACUGUGGGUGAGUGAGUUUGGUCUUGUCUCAUUGGCUACAUUUUAAAUUGCAUGCAUUAGAAAUGUACAAGUAAACUUGAGUCUAUCUCCUCUCCUGCUCUUCUGGAUACCUGACUUCACCGCCACGGUUAAAAUGCUGAGCGUGCCUCUUCCCUGGUCUCUUCCCCAUGCAUGCACGCUGGUGUCCUCAGGGGUCCAGGAAGGAAGCGUUGAGGGAAUCGAGCACCAUCAGAAGCAAAGAGCUGCCGGAGCCGUGGUCCGGAUGAGUACCGCACCCGUUAGACGGCUGAUGGGCGAGGAUGCCGGGCCGUUGAAUCCCCCAGAAGUGCCAUGGACCUCCCUAAGAGGACAAUUUUGGUUAUUUUAUGUUUAAAUAAGCUCCAAUACAUCCAGAACUCUGCAGCUAGGGUCCUCACUCUUUCAAAGAAAUCCUCUCACAUUACUCCCCAUCCUACACAGACUUCAUUGGCUACCCGUUUGUUUUCGGAUUCAAUAUAAGAUUCUCCUCAUCAUCUUCAAAACACUUUAUGGUCUUGCCCCACCAUAUAUUUCUGAUCUCAUUCAUACUAAUCCCCGGUUCGCACCCUACGCUCUUCAGACAUUGGUCUACUGUUAAUUCCUUGUUACAGGUUAGCAUCGUUCGGCUGAUGAGCGUUUAGUAUCUCUGCCCCUGAACUCUGGAAUUCUAUUCCCAAACACAUUUGUGAUCUCUCCUCAUUACAGGAUUUCAAAACCCACCUUAAAACAUAUCUUUUCUCUUCUUGUUUUUCUGAUCUCUGACUACAUGCUUUGAUUUUUGCAAUAGAUUUCAUGUUUAUCUGUAUUCUGUUUUUUUGUCUCCUGUUAUGUGUAACUGUUUUGAUAUUGUAAAGUGACCUUGAGUUUGCAGAAAGGCGCUAUAUAAAAAUGAACUUAUUAAUCAAUGCACCACAAAAAUGAGUGUACGUCCGAUGUAACAGUUUACGGAUACCAUAGGAAUAAAUGAGAAGUGCCGUAAGCUGAAUCCCACCUGUCCCAAAAAGUCAGUGACUUUUCUUAGGAAACAGCAUUUUUUUCGUGGUAAACUCUAAAAAA